AUGGAGACCCGAACCCACCAGACCUUCCUGGUCCCACCAGGUAGGGCACUGAAGGCCUGGGCUCUCACAUCUCUCCCCUGCCCACAGCUGCUGAUCUCUCUGGGCCUGCUGUGGAGCUUGGUGAGCACACUUUUGGCCUCAAAGUGGCCUGAGCCUGUAUUCGGCCGCCUGGUGUCCCCUGGCUUCCCAGGGAAGUAUGCCAACAAUCAGGACCGGUCCUGGAAGCUGGCUGCACCCCCCGGCUACCGUCUGCGUCUCUAUUUCACCCAUUUCAACCUGGAGCUCUCUUACCGCUGCGAGUAUGACUUUGUCAAGUUGAGCUCAGGGACCAAGGUGCUAGCUACACUGUGUGGGCAGGAGAGUACAGAUACUGAGCGGGCGCCUGGCAAUGACACCUUCUACUCACUGGGUCCUAACCUGGAGGUCACCUUCCACUCAGACUACUCCAACGAGAAGCCAUUCUCAGGAUUUGAGGCCUUCUAUGCGGCAGAGGAUGUGGAUGAAUGCCGAGUGUCCCCGGAAGAAGAAGUCCCUUGUGACCAUUAUUGCCACAACUACCUGGGCGGCUACUACUGCUCCUGCAGAGUGGGCUACGUUCUCCACCAGAACAAACGCACCUGCUCAGCCCUGUGUUCAGGCCAGGUGUUCACUGGGAGGUCUGGGGAGCUCAGUAGCCCCGAAUACCCACAGCCGUACCCCAAACUCUCCAGCUGCACCUACCACAUCCGCCUGGAGGAGGGCUUCAGUGUCAUCCUGGACUUCGUGGAGUCCUUCGAUGUGGAGAUGCAUCCUGAGGCCCAGUGCCCCUAUGACUCCCUCAAGAUCCAAACAGAGAAGGGGGAAUACGGCCCAUUCUGUGGGAAGGCGUUGCCCCACAGGAUUGAAACGAACAGCAACAGUGUGACCAUCACAUUUGCUACUGAUGAGUCGGGGGCCCACACAGGCUGGAAGAUCCGCUACACCAGCACAGCACAGCCCUGCCCUGAUCCAACGGUGCCACCUAAUGGCUACAUUUCACCCGUGCAAGCCAAGUACAUCCUGAAGGACAGUUUUUCUGUCUUCUGCAAGACUGGCUUUGAGCUUCUACAAGGUCCUGUGCCCCUAAGAUCAUUCACUGCUGUCUGCCAGAAAGACGGAUCCUGGGACCGGCCAAUACCAGAGUGCAGCAUUGUUGACUGUGGCCCUCCUGAUGACCUACCCAAUGGCUACAUAAAAUACAUCACAGGCCCCGAAGUGACCACCUACAAAGCUGUCAUUCAGUACAGCUGUGAAGAGACUUUCUACACCAUGAGCAGCGAUGGUAAAUAUGUGUGUGAGGCUGAUGGAUUCUGGACGAGCUCUAAAGGAGAGAAAUUCCUCCCGGUUUGCGAGCCUGUUUGUGGACUGUCUACACUCACUACAAGAGGCCGCAUAAUUGGAGGGCAGUUCGCAAAGCCUGGUGACUUUCCUUGGCAAGUCUUAUUACUGGGCGAAACUAUAGCAGCAGGUGCUCUUUUACAUGACAACUGGGUCCUAACAGCUGCUCAUGCUGUGUAUGGAGUAACAGAGGCAGCAUCCUCCCUGGACAUUCGCAUGGGUAUCCUCAAAAGGCUCUCACCUAAUUACACCCAAGCCUGGCCUGAGGCUAUCUUUAUACACGAAGGUUAUACUCACAGUGCUGGUUUUGACAAUGAUAUAGCACUGAUUAAACUCAAGAACAAAGUCACAAUCAAUAGGAGCAUCAUGCCCAUUUGUCUGCCAAGAAAAGCAGCUGCAUCCUUAAUGAGGACAGGUGACACUGGAACUGUGGCUGGCUGGGGGUUAACCCAAAAGGGGUUUCUUGCUAGAAACCUGAUGUCUGUGGACAUACCAAUUGUUGACCAUCAAAAAUGUACUUCUGCCUAUGAAAAGAUCUACCCAGGAGAAAGAGUAACUGGUAACAUGCUCUGUGCAGGCUUAGAAACUGGUGGCAAGGACAGCUGCAGAGGUGACAGUGGAGGGGCAUUAGUGUUUCUAGAUAAUGAAACACAGCAAUGGUUUGUGGGAGGAAUAGUUUCCUGGGGUUCCAUUAAUUGUGGGGAGGCACAACAGUAUGGCAUCUACACAAAAGUCAUAAACUACAUUACCUGGAUCGAGAACAUAGUGAGUAAUUUUUAACUUGCAUGCCUCCAAUUAGUAAAUUAUUUCUCACUUUUACAAGUACCUGGAAAAGCUCUUAGCAGUAAGAGAACCCAAGAAGCAUCAAUGGCCCACCCCAAACCAGAUCAAACUUAUAGGCACUAGCCAAUGUCAACUUUGUUGAGUCUAGUAGGUGUUCAAUACAAUAGCAUU